GUCAAGACCACAAUAAGAAUGCAAAAGAAGUUCUUAUUUCUGAUGUCGCCCGCACGAAGUCGGAGGCACUCGAGGUUUCGCAGCUGCGAAUGUACAUGAGGAGCGAGUACGACCGGCACGUGUCUGAAGUGGUGGAAAAAUUGGUGAAGCCCCGGGACGCCGCGUUUCGGCGCAACACGUUUUGGCGGGAUUUCUCCCCGGCGUUGCCCGUGCUUGGGGCGGUUGCCGCGGUGGGUUACGUGUGUAGUACCGCGUGCAGGCUGUGCUCCAAGGCCUUCUGGCAAGGGGAAAAGAGCGGCGCAAAAAAAACGGGCGAAUCGCGCUGGUGCCAGGCGACAGGAGACUAUCCCUUAGCAGUCGCGACCUUGUGAAGGAGAAAAGAGCAGCUCAUGCUUCCACGUGUAUAAAUGAAAACUCAUGACUCUUCACGGCGCGCAUCCAUGGCCGAUGAUGAAAACACAAUACAUCAGUGAUGUUUAUUUGCACUGACAAUGACAUCGAAAACACGAGGUAAACAUACACAGCAUCGUGUGUGAAUUAAUACUCCGAGAAGUUUCGAGUAACAGCCACACAGUAAAGUAUUAAGUAUGUAUUGACGAACUCGAAGUAAAAUUGUACUUACUGAAUAGUGCUUAGUCGUACAUGAUGUUGACUAGUAGUCAAUCUGGGAGGACACAAGUGCAGGAGUCCCUCCGGCAAGCAUAGUAGAGUGACAUCAUAAGGGAAUUUUAUGGCCGAAUGCGAAUGCUAUACUUUUUGUCUUCAAGACUAAGACACCGACAAAGUGAAAGGCAUGGGAAACGACACUAACAUCAACAUACACGAACGCGACCAUGCAAGAAUCAGCAUAGAAUUAUCAUCCAACAACACGAAGAGCAGCACAAGAAAACAUUUUAUUUUAUUCGACGAAGGCUGGUGCAG